AGGAGGUUUGGGUUCGAUAAAUUCGGUUCGGUUCAAAAAUCUGGAAAUGUCGAUGGCGUAGAUGAUGGCACGUGUCCCUGGUUCAAUUUGAUCUGAUCCAAACCUAUUUAUAUUCUUCGUUGCUUUUUUUGUCUGGGAGGCUUGACCGUUCCUCUCGGUAUCUGAUCUCUCCUCUCUCUCUCCCCCGUCACCUCGUCGCCGAUCUCUGCAAGGUUCCGUCUUACCGCCUCUGCAAGGAACCCUAGAUUCACGGAGGACGAACUUCGUGUUUCGCCGGAAUUAAGUCUAGGAGAAUCGAGGGGCUGAGAAGAUGGGCACAACGACGACAACGAGCGCUGUGUAUAUCCAUGUCAUCGAGGACGUCGUCAACAAAGUCCGUGAGGAAUUCAUGAACAACGGAGGUCCCGGCGAGAGUGUUCUCAACGAGCUUCAAGGAAUUUGGGAGAUGAAGAUGAUGCAAGCUGGAGUCUUGUCUGGACCGAUAGAGAGGUCAUCGGGUCAGAAGCCGACACCUGGAGGCCCACUGACGCAUGAUCUGAAUGUGCCUUAUGAAGGUACAGAGGAAUACGAGACUCCCACUGCCGAAAUGCUCUUCCCUCCGACACCAUUGCAGACUCCUCUUCCGACGCCGCUUCCGGGUACUGCAGAUAACUCCUCAAUGUAUAACAUCCCUACUGGCUCAAGUGAUUAUCCAACUCCUGGAACUGAUAAUGGAACCAACGCUGAUGUUAAAGCAAGACCCAGUCCUUACAUGCAACCACCUUCUCCAUGGACAAAUCCAAGGCUUGACGUCAAUGUUGCUUAUGUGGACGGCCGUGAUGAGCCUGAGCGAGGAAACUCUAACCAGCAGUUUACGCAGGACUUAUUUGUACCAUCCAAUGGGAAACGAAAGCGUGAUGAUUCUUCUGCACAAUAUCAAAAUGGUGGGUCUAUACCACAACAGGAUGGUGCAAGCGACGCUAUUCCCAAGGCAAUCCUUGAGAGUGAUGCGUUCUGCAUUACCUUUGUUGGUAAUAGAAAGGUCCCACGAGAUUUCAUCUGUUCAUCAUCGAAGAUUCCUCAAGUCGAUGGGCCAACGCCUGACCCUUAUGAUGAAAUGUUGUCGACGCCAAAUAUAUACAGCUAUCAAGGACCCAAUGAAGACUUUAAUGAGGGCAGAACUCCUGCUCCAAACGAGAUCCAAACGAGCACUCCUGCUGCUGCACAAAAUGAUAUUGUUGAAGACGAUGAAGAGCUGUUGAACGAAGAUGAUGACGAUGACGAGCUGGAUGACCUAGAGAGUGGUGAGGAUUUGAACACACAACAUCUGGUUUUGGCUCAAUUUGACAAGGUGACUCGCACGAAGAGCAGGUGGAAGUGCAAUCUGAAAGACGGGAUCAUGCAUAUAAACGACAAGGACAUUCUAUUCAACAAAGCAACAGGCGAGUUCGACUUCUAAUCAUGACAGUAGCAAGAUGAUGGGCGGAUCUAUGUGGUUGGAUUAUCAAAUAUUUUUGUAUCUUAUAUAGUAUUUAAAGUUUUGGAGCGAAAUGGUAUUGACAUUCGUCGUGCCCCCUGUAAACUUUGUCUCGAAAUCUACGUUGCCCCCUGUUCUCUGUUUUCGAUUGAAUAUUUUUCCUAACAAAAAUGUGUCUUAGCUAUCGCUUAUGGAAACAUCUUUUAUACGACUAAAAAAAACUUGCACAAAAACAAAAUAAUAACAACAAGACUAAAGAAAAACAUAUGGAUUCUGAAACAUCAAAGACCAUCCUAUACGCAGAGUCCCUCACCGUUGAUGAUUUACAAGCAGUAACUUGGUCUGAAACAUAUUCAAGAGAGCCAUCUGGUUGCUAUGGUCGGCCUUGACGGAAUAUUGACACCCUUCCUUGUGGUCCGUUGACGGUUGAGUUCCGUUCGCCGGGAACUUGGAAUCAUCGCCUUCUCGAGGGAGAGAAGAGUGCGGAUUUGGUGAAACAAAGAGAGGUGAAAGCAGAGGAAUAGCUGCGGUUGAAACUGCAUCACGAGACUGCUGCAAAAAGGGAUUCUCGGAAACACCGUCAAGAUGCAGAGCCGUGGGUGCUUGCCUCUGCAGCCUAGUCAGUGAUCUCCGGGACUCGCUCGCACUGUUCUCCAUGACGUUUCAGACUCAAAGGAUUGAACAAAUGAGUAUACAGGCAAAAAAAAGGGAGAGAGAGAGGAAGAUAGGAAGGGAAGGAAAGUGAUGUGAAGAGGAAGAAUAAAAAGGAGGAAAGUUUUGUGUGUGUGUGUGUGUGUUGUGUUGAUGAGGGCGCAAAAGGAGGGAUCGGUUAUGGUGGAUCAUGUGAAGGAAAAAUAGAAAAGGCUGUUAAUUUUGAAACGGUC